AUGGAUGACGCGACGAGGCUCAUCUCGGAGCUGCAGGCAAAGCUCACCGAGCUUGACAGCAAGGUCGCCGCCUACCGUCAGGACAUGGCCGCUGAGUUCACCAGAUACUCGGACCAGCUGCUCAGGAACAUUCCGGAAGAGGUCCUGCAGAAGGUCUCCCAGGCCGUGGCUGACUCAAUGCCCAACUACCCUUCAUUGAACCUUCCACACAAGUCCUCCACCACAAGCAGCCUCGACGAGCCUCGGUCGCCGACUCCAACAGACCUCCCCGGCUUGUGGCGCGGUCGCAUCUCGCCUCCUCCAAUUCUGCCUCAUACCUCAGGGACUCCCAAGGAGGCUGUACGAAGCCCUCACGACCGCGAAAAAGAGUUCCACGGCCUAUUUACUCCUCGCUAUCUGCCGCUACUCGACGGUUCUGAACGUCCACUCCACUCACCUCCCACCUCACCACCGACGUCACCCCCUCCUGUGCCCGAGAAGGUCGAAGAGAAGGUGCAGCUCGAGAUUGCGCAGACACUGGAGGUUAAACCAACUCCUGCGGAGGAAAACCCCAGACCUGCGCCCAUCCGUUGUCCGACCGACGCCACCACUUCAUCCAUCGACUCGGUUGGAAGCGACACGAGCACCAAAAUCCGCAAAAGCGCCCUGCGCCGCUCCUCUAGCGCCUCAAAACCACCUGACAGCCCACGGGAUCCCCGCCGAGUGCGCUUCGAAUUCCAGGGCGCUGAAGUUCUACCUACUUCCUCUCCACAGUCAUCAGAGCCUGUUCCUCCAGAAAUAGGCAGCGAAGAGGACGAGUCAGCAUUUCCAGAAGAGUCGUUCCCCGAAUCGUCAAUAGGUGAUAUCGAAGGCGAAGAAGAUCCACCUCCGAAGAAGGUCUCAUCUUCUCAGGCUCUGCGCGCCUUAUCAAGAAGUCCGCUGGACGCCGGUACUGUUUGGACCGUAGUGAAUCCCGAUCCUGACCCUGACCCAGAGAAUUCCGCAAACUCAGAGGGGCAGGAUAAUACCAGAUCUUCAUCUGAGUUGAGCUCACCAGAGCAGACAAGCACAAUGCCUCCCAAAGCGACAGCAGUCCAACCGAAGGUCCAACCUUCACGUGAUGCUCAGGCAUCUCAGGAGCUUGGCUCACGUCUCGGGGCUCUUGAUAUUAAUAAAGACAAGGAGAAAGACGACGACGUAUCUGACGACGAUUCGUUGUUCAUGUCCUCGAAGAAGAAGCAGAAGAAGGGCUCGAUUUCACCUGGUCCUCAAUCGCCCAUCCCAACUGCUGCUACAUCCACUCCGCUUGCUAUUUCCAAGUCAAACAAGCCCAACUCGACUACACCUACAGCAACUCCCCCUUACCCAUCUGUCAGAGCUCGAGAUGACGAGGCAGAUGAUCUCUUUGACCUCGAGGUUGCGGACGAUGAUGAAGGUCUCAAGAAAGCAACCUCAGCUCAGACGUCACCAACGAAGCACCUUCCCGAGCCAGUUGAGGAUGAGCCGGAGGAGCCUGCUCCCAAGCACAAAGGGUUCCCCGUUCCUCUCUACUCUUCUUCGCCCGCCAUGGGUAUACCCCAGCGACCAGUCGAUGUCAACAAGCAGCCCCCUCGAGCUACUCCAGUCCCCUCUAGCUCCUACGUAGCUGGGUCCGUUGGAUCUUUCAAGGGCCGGCCUCUGUACAUGGGCUCGGUCAAGGAUCCUAAGAUUCUUGAGGAGGUCUUGGCGAUGGGUGAUGUGCCCAACUUCGUGGGAAGUGUUAAUGGCCGAAGCGGAGUUGAUGCCUCUAACCCUAAGAGCUACCGAGCCACACUGCAGAGUCCUGGACAAACCCCGACUCCAACCAGCUUCACCGAGCGCUACAUCAAAGAGCGAGACGAGAAGGGCGGUUAUGACACCGAGGAAGAGAAGCAGGCGCGAAAUGACUACUUCUAG